AUGUCAGGCGAGGGCCCCGAAAGCAUCCCGACGUCCGCGGACCCGCGCUCCAAGCGUCCUACCAAGAAGCGCGCCCUGACGCCCGUCUCAGCCCAAGCCAACGUCGUAGAAGCGCUCUUCUCCAAACCCGACCAAGAGAUCCGGAUCCCCGACGCGUCUGCGGUGUCGCGCAAGCGAGACCUGCCGCCGCCCCCGGAGAUCGUGACCAACGUCCAGGGAUCAAGCGCGGGAGCUGGCUCGGGCGAGUUCCACGUGUACAAGGCGAGCCGGCGGCGCGAGUACGAGCGGCUACGGCGCAUGGACGAGGAAGUGUCGCAGGAGAAGGCCAAAGAAGAGUUUGAGAAGAGCCGCGAGGAGAGGGAGAAGCGCGACGAUGAGAAGACGAGGAGGAAUAGGGAGAAGCGCGAGAAAGCUAAGGCGAGGAAGGCCAAGGUUAAGAAUGGUAGUGGUGGUGGCGGUGCGGCGGAAAAGAAAGAUGAUGGUGGUAAUAAGCCUGUGGCUACCGUUGCACCGUUAUCAAAAGGUGUCAAGGCUAGGGCUGAUGCGAAGAAGGACGAUACGGUAGAGACGGAGAAGAAGACGAGUGGUGAGACGCCUGCAAAAGAGGAUGAUGAUGCGCCGGUAGAGGAGCCGAAGGGUAUCGUUAUCGAGGAAGAUUGA